AUGUCAUCAGCAAAGAAUACAAUACUUAUAUCGGAUGCAGUUGGUCUUGUAGGCGCUUUCAUUAUCACAGAGUUGGUGUCGAUCAUUGGAAAGGACGCCACGCCAGAGAACUUGGAGAUUAGAGCUGGCUAUCAUACAGAGACUGAGUUGGCCAAUGCUCUGGCCAACCCACCACACCCUUCAUACGUCAAGCCCUGCUUGACCAAGUGGAAGGACGUCGCAAGCUUGGAGACGGCGAUGCAAGGCUGCACCACACUGUUCCUGCUCACACCCUUCACUUGCGCGGUCGUCGCGCAGCGCAAGGUCUGGGUCGACCUGGCCAUCCGACUGGGCGUCAAGCACAUCCUGCACGCAGGCAUACACAAUGGCGAGUUGCCCGCCUCGGACAUCCCCGCACACGAGGAGUGGAACCGUCAGUCGGAACAGUACAUCGAGUCACAGUCACAGCACCUCACCUGGACUCAUCUUCGCAUCAACUUUGAUGGAUACAACGGAGUCGUGUCGAUUGGCAAGAUACAGUACUUCUUGCCCGCCGCACUCAAAUGUGGAUGGAUAGCACGUGAGGACAUUGCAGCUGUUGCGGCCCGUGUGUUGUUAGCCCCUGCCGAUCACGCGGGCAAGCGAUACCGUCUGUCUACAGAGUCAUUGUCUUUAGAAGACAUGGCGGCGAUAGCCAGCGAGGUCGUGGACAAGCCCAUACCAGCCGUAUCACUCAAGCCCGAGCAAUUCUUUUCGAUGGCCACGUCGGCGCUGGCCAACCCUGACAACGACGACCAAUACGUCGAGUAUAUGAAGUCUGUGCAAUCCAUGUUCCAAGGUCUGAGUGAAGGACUUUACAUCUACCAUCUAGAAGCCUACCCCGAAGUAGUGGAACAAGUCUGUCAACGACCAUUCCUCAGCUUCCGUCAAUGGCUUACCAACUCCCCUCACAAGGCAAAGUUAUUACAAUAA